UCAUCACCAGCUAUCCAACAAACUGCAGAUCCUUUUUCUGUCUAUACAGAAUCUAUUAACAACCCCCUGCAUCAAAUUCAGGAUUUUUACGUCAUCAAGGACAAUAUAUGAGCAUGGGAUUAAAUUCAUAUGAAGACUAAUCUUCUUUUUUACUUUACCAUAUUAUCUUACCAACCUUCCUUGUCUGAAGAACUUGCAUGAUGGAAUUUUUGAGGCUGAUAUUCCUAGUUUGCUGUGGAGCAUCUUAUUCCGCACAGGUGAAUGAGAUGGAGCAAAAGACUGCAGACAAUGCAGACAACCAUGCAACUCUAGAAGAUGAAAUGGACAAUCAAGAAAAUAUUUUAACACAGCUCAUAGGAGAUUAUGACAAAGUAAAAACUCUGUCCGAGGGCUCAGACUGUCGCUGUAAGUGUGUAGUGAGGCCUCUGAGCAGAAGCGCAUGCAAGCGCAUUGAAGAAGGACAUGCCAAGACUGAAGACUUCUACACAAUAGAGACAGUCACAGGACCCAACUGUAAAAAGUGUGCCUGCAUUGCCCCUCCCUCUGCCCUGAACCCUUGUGAAGGAGAUUUCAGGUUUAAGAAGCUACAAGAGGCAGGAAAGGAAGAUGUCAAGCUCUCAACCAUUAUGGACCUUCUGGAGGGAUCAUUUUAUGGAAUGGAUUUGUUAAAGCUUCACUCCGUCACAACAAAACUCCUGGAACGAGUGGAAAAUAUAGAGAAGUUGUCAAACCAAACAAAAGAGAAAGUCAGCAUAAAAGGUGAAAAGGCACAGGGUAAAGGGUCUCGCUCCAAUCAGCGUCAAGAGAAGAAGAAACGUUUGAGUGAGCUGGAGCCAUCACUGCAGAAGAAUGUGGCAGCUGCAUUUGCUCACGCUGAGAGAAAAUAUGAGGAGAAGUUUGUUGGGAGCCAGGGUCCCAGCAAACCGGUGUUGAAGAGAAGCAAGUCUGAGGUCCAGGAGGAGCCCAGUAAACCUGUGAAGACCAUGCCAGGCCCCAAUGGCAUAACCAUCAAAAGCAUGACCUUCUACAAAGCGAACACAAUGGAGAAUAGUAAUGGGGAAGAGCAAAUAGCCACAGCAGCACACAAGGUUUUGACAGGCGAUGGCUCAAUAGAUUUAGUAAUUGAAGACCAGAUUCAUGAGAAAAAGUUGCCUGCACCUGUUACAAGGCCUGGAGACACUUCACCAACAACACAGUCUUCCACAAUGCACCUCACCCCCAAACAACCAGGCGACUCCACUACUUCAAACAUUCUUACAAAAGAAUCUGAGAAGGAAAGCACAUUUACAACUACGACAAAGACAUCCCUGUCAAACUCAAAGCCUUUAACUAUCGCAAUAGCACCAAGCAUCAAUACAGAAACCCAUGCAAUUCCUAUUGAGGUGCCAAAACAGCUGGACAGUGUUACAAUGCCCACAAGAAGGUCAAAACAACUUUCCUGGGAUGAAGCCACUACUGUAACAAAAUCCCCAAAAAACCCCAAAGAACAAGGGGUCUGCAAGGACACAUUAGCAAGCAUUACUGAUCCUGUUACACAUAACACAUAUGGGAAAAAUGAAGGUGCCUGGAUGAGGGACCCAAAAGGCAACGGGAAAGUCAUUUAUGUUACCGACUACUACUAUGGAAACAAACUUCUGGAAUUCCGUGAUAUGGAAACCUUUAAGCAAGGGCAAUUUACCAACUCUUACAAAGUCCCCUACAAUUGGAUUGGCACAGGCCAUGUCGUCUACGGUGGCUCUUUCUUCUACAACAGAGCUUUUUCUCGUGACAUUAUAAGAUUUGAUCUUCGCCUCCGGUACGUUGCAGCCUGGAACACCCUUCAUGAUGCAGUCUUACAGGAAGAGGAAGAAGCUCCCUGGAGCUGGGGAGGACAUUCAGACAUUGACUUCGGUGUGGACGAGAGCGGGUUAUGGUUGGUGUAUCCGGCUCUAGACGAAGAAGGAUUUCACCAGGAAGUGAUCGUUCUUAGCAAGCUGCACCCCUCGGACCUGCAGAAAGAAAAGACGUGGAGAACCGGCCUGAGAAGGAACUUUUACGGUAACUGCUUCGUCAUCUGUGGCGUUCUGUAUGCGGUCGACAGCUUUGAACGCACACAUGCCAAUAUCUCCUAUGCGUUCGACACUCACACGCAUACCCAAAUGAUUCCCCGCCUGCCUUUCAUAAACAACUAUACAUACACCACACAAAUCGACUAUAAUCCAAAGGACAGAAUGCUUUAUGCAUGGGACAACGGCCAUCAGGUGACCUACGAUGUAAUAUUUGCUUACUGAUAGUAAUUUAAACAAUACAGUUUAUUAGGAGACUGCUUGCAGCACUUUUUUGUAUAAAAAAGAUAAUGAUUAUGUGUCUACGUAGGUUGUAGAUCAGUCUACAUGACCAUUUUAUAGAUAUCUCUUGUUGUUUCUAUUUUUGUCAGUGAUUAUGGGUCUGUUGCAUGUUUUUCUUUGUUUAUCAGUGGAUGUGGAAAAACAUCUUUAAGCUAUUUAUGACAAAGUUUUCACUGCUACUUAAAGUGCAUAUGUAUAUAAUGUAAUUUUGAAUAAACUUCAUAGCAUAGGAAUAGGGUUAAAAUCACAUGGCAUUGCCAUUUCCUGAAAAUGCAUGGUACCUACACAUCUGUUUGUUGCCACUUUACUCAUUUAUAAUACAAAAAAAUUUGUGAGAUGUGAGAUGUGAAUGUUGGUUGAAAUUGUAGGCUAUAUAUUAAUUCAUUUUUCUACAUUAAUUGACACCCUGCGGCUUGGUUCAAAUAGUACAAACAAUCUUCUGCUUAUCAAAGAGGUGCAAUCAAUUUCUUUUAUUGAAACCCAACCACUAGAUUUCAUAAUUGUUAUUGCUUCAAUCUGGAUUAAGAAAAUGCUUUUGACUGUUUGAAUGAAAUAAACCGGGAAAAUUUA